CUUCCGGGUCGUCCAGUCAGGCCCCGCAGAGGAACGAGCUGGUUGACACCGGAUGUGUUUUCUCCCAGGCUAAGUCCGUUUUCCGGCCUCGGCCGCUGCUGCCGUGAAAACCUCCAUUCUGGUUUCCUGAGUCGGUGAGUAGAGAGCGCGCAGGAGGAUUCGGCAGAUUGCAACCAUGGCCGCCGAGUCCGACGUUCUGUACUUCCAGUUUGAACAGCAAGGAGACGUGGUCUUGCAGAAAAUGAAUCUCUUGCGACAACAGAAUUUGUUCUGUGAUGUGUCCAUUUAUAUUAACGACACUGAGUUCCAGGGGCACAAGGUGAUUCUGGCCGCCUGCUCCACCUUUAUGAGGGAUCAGUUUUUACUUACACAGUCAAAACAUGUCAGAAUCACCAUCUUGCAGAGUGCAGAAGUUGGCAGAAAGUUGUUACUGUCCUGUUACACGGGGGCGCUUGAAGUUAAGAGGAAGGAGCUUUUGAAAUACUUGACUGCUGCCAGUUACCUGCAGAUGGUUCACAUCGUGGAGAAGUGCACAGAAGCCUUGUCCAAGUAUCUGGAAGUUGACCUUUCUAUGCAAAACAACCAGCACACCAACCUGUGUCAGUCUUCUGACACAGAUGUGAAGAAUGAAGAGGAAAAUCCCGACAGAGACUAUGAGAUCAUUGAAAUCUCAGAAGACAGCCCACUAGGUGUAGACUUCCAUGUUAAAGAAGAGGAAAGCCAUGCCUUGCAGGCCACGGUAGAGAGUCUGACAUCAGAGAGAACGGAAGUGAAGUCAGCAGACCUUUCCACAGCAGAUGUAGGCUUCAAAGACAACGAAAUCUGUAUCCUGCACGUAGAAUCCAUCAGUACAGCUGGUGUUGAAAGUGAGCAGUUCUCCCAGCCAUGCACCUCUUCAAAAGCAGGCAUGUACUUCUCAGAAACACAGCAUUCGCUCAUCAACUCCACGGUGGAGAGCAACUCCACGGUGGAGAGCAGAGUGGCAGAAGUCGCCGGGACUCAAGGCCCAGGCUUAUUUUGUGAGAACCCAGAGGGAAGUCACGGUCCAGGGAGUGAGAUUCCCAACCUGCAGGACAAUUACUCGCUGAGGCAUCAGUGCCCUAGAUGUCCUCGAGGCUUUCUGCACGUCGAAAACUACCUGCGCCACCUCAAGAUGCACAAAUUAUUCCUGUGCUUACAGUGUGGUAAGACAUUCACGCAGAAGAAAAACCUAAACCGACACAUCCGGGGCCACAUGGGCAUACGGCCCUUUCAGUGUACCCUGUGCUUGAAGACUUUCACGGCUAAAAGCACCCUUCAGGACCACCUGAAUAUACACAGCGGGGAUCGACCCUACAAAUGCCACUGCUGUGACAUGGAUUUCAAGCACAAGUCCGCCCUCAAAAAGCAUUUAACUUCUGUCCAUGGUAGAAGCAGCAGUGAAAAACUGCCUAGGCCUGAUCUCAAACGGCCAAAUCUGCUAUAAUUGUGAUCACAGACUGGUCAGAUAAGCCUGUCGUUGUGUUGGGCAAGUCUUUCUAUGGAAAUGCAACAUUGAUAAUGCCGAAUCUCCUCCCCACACAACUUUAGGUUUUGUUUUGGAUUUUUCUGUGUUAUUUUCGAAUUGGAAAGACAUUUUCAAAGCUGUGGGAGGCGUGAUAAGCUGAGGGAUUCUGUCUUAUCUCAUGUGUUGUAUAAAUAUGUCCCAGUAGCAUUUUUAGAAUAAUAGUAUUCCUCUUUGAAAUGUUGCUUUUAGUGACAGAUGAGCC